UGCCUGGGGCUCUUUCUGAGCACUCUGGUUGCUCUAUUCCCCCUCUGCCAGGAUCCCUGCCUUGGCCAGGAGAGGAGGAAACCAAGCCAAAGCUUUUGAUGAAAGCUUUGCAUGGCCCUAUCUUGGGUGGGGAUUUGAGCUGGGCCUGGAGCUAGAGGCAAGAGCCUGAAGACUGAUCUGGAUUUUCUCAGCACCUGGGCCCUGGGAGCUGGCAGUUCCCAGGCUAACAGGAUCCCAUGUGGCUAAGUGGCUUUGCAGGAAGGUCUCUUCCCGUGCAGCCACAUGACGCAGUGAACUCAUUGCUCAGCAAUGUCUGCAGCAAGCAGGGCUGAAGAGUUUCCUCCCUCCAAGAGCAGAACAGCAGGCAGGCACUGCAACCAAGCUGCUUCUCUUUUCCUUUUCUCACUUUCAGACACUCCCUGAGAGGCCUGACUCCUACCCUCCAUGGAGCUUCUAGCUUUUGCCCUGCCAUCGAGGCUUGGCUUCGACUUAAGCCAACUAAUCUGAUGCAACCUUGGGAUUUGUACUCCACCAGUCCUGCCCUGUUGAUUGAGGAGAAGGAGGAGGAGAGCCUGCUGUCUGCACCACUCUUCAGCUCUUCACAGCCUUUUAGGCUCCAGCUCUGGACCCCCCACCCUGCAAAAGGGCUAGAAGAUGCCUCCUUGCUCACGGAAAGCAGGAUCUCGAGCAAGCCAUCGGUGGGAGUGUGAAUGAGGAUUGCACCAUCUGCUCCCCAAGGGAGAGAGCAGGCUGGGGCAGGAGCUGUGCUGCUCAGUGGUGGAAGAUAAGGGGGAUAGACAACGUGCUGAACUUCUGACAGCACCACACAGAGGGCCUCAAGGAGAGGCACCUUCAGCAUGGCACACAACAGCCAGGCUGGUGGAGCUGACAAAAAUGAGUCCCUUACCUCCAUCCUCUACUCUAAGAGUGACCUGAAGGAAGGAUCCCUGCAGUGGGUGAAAGAAUCCCUCAAUGGCCAGGUGCUUAUGGUGCUCAGCAUGGACAACAAUUGCUCAACCACCUCCUUUGACAUGGAGCUUUGCACAGAGAAACUGAAGUCCCUUGGGGUUCAGGUGGCAGGGGAUCAGUGGAGGAGGUUGCUCCAGGAUGCUGUGCUGAAGCCUGAAGUGAGGAGGUACAUGUUCUACAACUCCAGCGCCUUCCAGAUCGCCGUGGCUGUGGUUUUCUACGUGUCUCUCUGGACAAACAUUUACUCCACAGUGCAGCUGUGCUCCUUUGGCCAUUACUGGGGGGCCAGCCUGCUGGUCACCUUGGCUGCUGUCGCUGUCACCGUGGCUGUCAUCCUGGUUAUCCACCGUCGCCAGAGGAAGAUCAAUAUGAACACAGAUGUCAGGCUGGCAGCUCUCAAUGAACUCCUGAUCAAACACAGUUUAAUCCUGGGCAUUACAGAUGCCCUGGAUGGGCCACACAACAUCCUGCAACUGUGGUUUGUGCACUUCAGCCCAGAGCGCUGCCUCCAGUCCUUGGCAGCUCACAUCACAGACCUGCAGAGGACACAAGAGGCAGGCCUGCGGCACAGCCUGGACCAGCUGUGUGUGGUGAUGGAGGCAGUGGUUCAGCCUGACCCACAGCUGGAGGAGGAAGCUUCACAUGAAGAGUCUCCUCUGCUCUCCACUGCAGUGAACCUCAACAAAGAGCCUGUGACAUGCAAUGAGCUGCUCCACCUCAUUCCUGAGGGCCCACCUGAGGUGAUGGCCCAGCAGCUCCUGGUCAUCUUCAGUGGGUGCUACGUCCGCCUGCUGGUCACUGGCCAGCUCCCUGGGGCUGUGGCAGGGGGGCACCUGGAGCACUGCAGUGUGCCCUGUCUCUGCCAGUUCAUCCGCACCACCGCGCUCAGCGCCCACCAGAGCUGCUGCGUGGGCAGCUGAAAACAGAGACCAAAGCUGUCCAUGCACCAGGGAGCAGAAGCUGUGGGGCAGAGGAGGAGGCUGGCACUGCUCUGCUGGGCUUCCCUGGGUGAACAAGUGGAAAUGUGACUCUAAUGAAACGUGUGAGAGCCCCACCAGAAAGCUGCUCACCGUUGAGACCUUCUGCCUGCUGUGAAGGAGCUGUCCUGAGGACCAGAGACAAUCCAAGGACAGCCUGGAGCUCCCUUGGGAAAUUUCCCACUGCUGUUACGUGGGGACCCUGGAAAGCAAUGGGGAACCUCUGGGUGCCAGGCCCAUGCCUUUGAGAUGAACUGCUUGUGGGGUUUCAGUCUAUGUGUAGUGAUGUUUGCUCCAGAUUAGGUUUGUGUCAUGUAGCUGUCAGUGACAGUGAACUUUGUUCUAGGCUUAGGACAGGGACUUAAGACAGACAUAACUCAAGAACUAGCUUGGGACAAUGCUCAGUACCUGCCACUGCUGCUGCCUUCCCUGGGAGGUUGGUGAUGGACCUCUUGAUGAUCCCUGGCAUUGAAUGUAAAAGAAGGUACUAGGCCCUGGGUAAGAUCUCACCUUGAGUGCUGUGCUGAGUUUU